AACUCGCUUUCGCUAAUAACUGCAGUAUGUCUCGAUCAACUCAAUCAUCCACCUUAGAUCCCACUUUCCGUAAAUACGCCCCGCAGCAAGCAGUGUCGUAUGCCACACACCGGGGAUCUUACGCCGGCAGCAUCUUCCAAGUGGUAACCAUCUGGCACGCCUCCCAUGGAGGAAACUUCGGCACUGUCUUGGACAUCGGCUGCGGUACGGGCCAAGCGACGUGCAAUAUCGCACAGGACUUUUCCCAGGCUUGCCAUGCCCUGGGAUCUUGGCCAACCGGUUACUGCUUUCGAUAAAGCUUCCUUCAAAGGCAUGGAGUGGAACCGGGAUGGCAAGCUGGAGUUGGGCGAGGACGACUUCUUUAGAGGAUCUGCCAAAACUACUCUGGAUGAACUGGCCGGCAGUCUUGGGACGGCGACUAUGGUUACUCGCUGGCGUCAGGCUCAUCCCCAGCUCGUGGGAACUGAAAAGGAUUGUGUAGCAAUCACUAUGGGUUUGCGACCAGAAGACUCUGGUGAGGCCAAGAUCAAAGUUGCCGGAUCGACGUUAUUGUUGUUCAGAUGA